UGGCCUGGCCGCAAAAACAAAAGACUUAGGCAACGAACGCGAAGUGCGGUUUCUAACGGCUACAGUGCAAAUUGGCGUGCAUUUAGUUAGCUGCUCGAGUGCAGCUUGUGAGGCGUUGCCAAUGCCACUCUCACCGAUUUAAGAAAUUCGCAUAAUAACAUAUUGAGCCCAUCGCUUUAAUUGGCAAAUCGAUAGCCUAAGCCAAGGAUAGUCAAUUGCAAACAUUGCCCAUCUUGCCAUGAUUCGCAUCCUCGUUGGAGUGAUUUGCGUGGUCCUUUGGUCGCCGGUUAGCCAGGCUCUAGCUCCUGGCUUGCAGGUGGCCAAGCAGUGGAAACUCCUGCGCUAUAACUUCGAGCCCCAGGCGCCCGUGAACGAUCCUAACUUCUACAAUCCUCAAAAUGUUCUGGUCACCGGGGUAGCCGUUACGGAUGACCGGAUCUUUCUGGCCACUCCAAAGCUCUUUUCGGGAGUUUCCUCGACAGUAAGUUGGGUUUCCAAAGCCGAGUUCGGGGAUUCCCCCACUUUGCAAGCCUAUCCGGAUUGGUCCUUUUCCAACACUGGUCGCAGUGACUUCAACUGCAGUGAUCUCGUCCUGACUUCGGUUUAUCGCCUUCGUCUCGAUUCCUGCAAUCGCAUUUGGCUGCUGGAUGCCGGAAUUUCGCGAUCCCUGGAGGAUUACGAGAUCACCUGCCCGCCAAAGAUCCUGGUUGUGGAUUUGGCCACGGAUCGAGUGGUGCGAAGGAUCGAUUUUCCCCCGGAGGUCCUGCGAGGAGAGUCCCUGUUCACCAACAUGGUGAUCGAUGAGACGACUUCCAAGGGAUGCGAUGAUGUUUUCGUCUACAUAACCGAUACCGUGGAGCCGGGAAUCAUUGUGUACGAUAGUGGAAAGGACGUCACCUGGAGGGUUUCCCAUCCAGCCAUGUAUCCCGAUCCGGAUUUUGCCCAGUCGGAGAUCCACGAGCAUCGGUUUGUCCUGAUGGACGGAGUGGUUGGAAUAACUUUCGAUGAGCGCACCGGUGUGGUUUACUUCCAGCCCUUGGCCACAGAUAGGGUUUUCUCGGUGCACAAGAAUGUCCUGCGUGCGGGGCCUUUGCCAGAUGGAAAAAUGUUGGAUGUGAAACUGGUGGGCAAGAAGAGCUCCCAGGGCAUUGGCCUCUCGGUAUCGCCCUUCGACAGCAGUCUGAUCUUCAGUCCGAUGAGUGAAACAGCGAUCGCCUCGUGGAAUCCCACUACCAAUCAGCAAUCCGUGCUGGCCUUUGAUCGCGAUCAGUUGCAGUUUGUGGCCGAUAUUACUACCACAAAAUCGGAACCGGGCGUUAUCUAUGCCAUAGCCUCGAAGUUCCACCGCUUUUUCCUGAAGAACCUGAAUACCAAUGAGUUUAACAAUCGUAUUGUGAGGCUGGAACUGCCCGCUGGAAACUCCUUGCUGGGUCAUCGAGUUGCCCUUCCACCGCCACCCACUCACAAUAGUCUGUUGAACUUUGGGUUGUAUAAUACCCAUGGUCAGACCUCCACGAAUGCCCUGCAAACGUACUUUACCAGUCCGGCGCUGACCACGCCCUUUACCACCAAAACGCCCUUUAAGUUCGAAACUGGAGGAAUUGUCAACUAUGCUGCCAGGAAUCCGUUUACAGCCUUGAAUCAAGGAGAGGCCUUCCCGCCCAGCAAGGCGACCAGGGACAACUUCCAGCGAUCCUAUCUGGACACCCUGGUGGGCACCACUGCUCCGGCGGCCACCACCAGAGUGGUUUCGGUACCGCCCACCGCCUACAGCAGCCGCCACAGUGGUUACUACUAUCAGCGAGCCACGAGAUCGUUGGGACAGCAGUGAGAAACAACUUGCGCACACGCUGCGUAUACGCAAUGCGGCCAGCAGCCGAUGUAAAUAAAUCUCUAUAAAUGUAAAUUGAAUAAAUUAAUUUAAUGACAAU